AUGGCACCUGCAACAGGACAACAAUACGUCGACAUUGAAAUUAAAGAUGACAUGAAAUAUGACAUUCGAAUCGAAAAUGCUCACAUAGACAGCGGCGAGUUUUAUAACGAGGAUAAUCAAAACGAUACCCUAACCACCGACGAUGUUGACGAUAUGGUCAUCCGCCAUAACGGUGGCUUGCGGCAUAUCUGUUCCUGUGGCGAAGAACAAGGCUUCAAAGGGCUGGAAGGCACAAUCGACCUCUUCGACGAUGUAAAGGAUGCCAAAAUUUGCACUCUAGCAUGGAAUGCUUCUAUGGGACCCGGAAAAAAAAAUAAGUUCGAGAUGCGUAACCAAGACCCACGAUACAUUAUCAAUAUUGGAAACUGGAAUGAAUCUGGUGUCAUGGGCACGGUUCCGGUUACCAUCACCGAGAAGUAG